CUGCGCAAGCGCACAGGCAGUCAGAGCCGGCCCGUCAGCUCCAGGGAGGAGGAAGCCGCCAUGGAGUCAUACGAUGUGAUCGCCAACCAGCCCGUGGUUAUUGACAAUGGCUCUGGAGUCAUUAAGGCAGGAUUUGCAGGUGAUCAGAUCCCAAAGUACUGCUUUCCAAAUUAUGUUGGAAGGCCUAAGCAUAUUCGAGUCAUGGCUGGUGCCCUGGAAGGUGAUUUAUUUAUUGGACCAAAGGCAGAGGAGCACAGGGGUCUCCUUUCUAUCCGGUAUCCCAUGGAACAUGGAAUCGUAAAGGACUGGAACGAUAUGGAACGUAUCUGGCAAUAUGUCUACUCAAAGGAUCAGCUACAAACCUUCUCUGAAGAGCAUCCUGUAUUGUUAACAGAAGCCCCUUUGAAUCCACGAAAGAAUAGAGAACGAGCUGCAGAAGUUUUCUUUGAGACGUUCAAUGUCCCAGCUCUGUUCAUUUCCAUGCAAGCUGUGCUUAGUCUUUAUGCAACAGGGAGGACAACGGGGGUUGUUUUGGAUGCUGGUGAUGGGGUGACGCACGCAGUUCCCAUCUAUGAAGGCUUUGCCAUGCCUCAUUCCAUAAUGAGGAUUGAUAUCGCAGGCCGAGAUGUCUCCCGCUUCUUGCGCCUCUACCUUCGAAAGGAGGGCUACGAUUUCCAUACUUCAGCUGAGUUUGAAAUUGUCAAAACUAUCAAAGAGCGUGCAUGCUACUUGUCUAUAAACCCACAGAAAGAUGAGACUUUGGAGACUGAGAAGGCCCAGUAUUAUUUACCCGAUGGCAGCACAAUUGAGAUUGGCCCUGCACGAUUUAGAGCUCCCGAGUUGCUCUUUCGGCCUGAUCUAAUUGGUGAGGAGUGUGAGGGAAUCCACGAAGUGCUGGUGUUUGCCAUCCAAAAGUCAGAUAUGGAUCUGAGAAGAACUCUGUUUUCCAACAUUGUUUUGUCUGGGGGAUCCACUCUAUUUAAAGGUUUUGGUGACAGACUUCUGAGUGAAGUGAAAAAGUUGGCACCGAAAGAUGUUAAAAUAAGGAUAUCAGCCCCACAAGAACGAUUAUAUUCCACAUGGAUUGGUGGUUCCAUUUUGGCUUCUCUGGACACCUUCAAGAAAAUGUGGGUUUCAAAGAAGGAAUACGAAGAAGAUGGUGCCAGAGCGAUCCACAGGAAAACUUUCUAACAUCCCGCGAAGCCGAGUCUCUAUUCACUUCAGUUUAAAACUCGCUUUUCAGAGUAUGAGAGAAUCUCGAGAGGUGACUGGUGGGUGGGUGUGUAUGUAUGUGUCUGUAUGCGCUCUCCAGCAUGCCAAGAAAAGAUCUAAAGAGGGGAAAGAUCUCAUGUUAGAAAGGCCAGAAGAGCAAAGGGGAGGAAAGCCUUGUAUCCCAUUCCUAUUAUGUUUUAUUAUGUUGCUGCAGCAUUUAUAAAUGGCCUCUUCUGAAGAUGUUGUAUCGCCUUGUAGCCAAUUGACUCCCAACGGCCAGUGUAUGCAGUCGGAAACUUGAACGUUCCACAUUGCAUUGCAAUGGUGCAAGCUCUGGCCUUAAAGGCCUACAGAUGAAAUGCAUUUACUUGAGUCUACAAAAAGAAAGAAUGUUCCUGAAAUCUGUAACAGAAUACCUGAUUUUAGGAAAUGUUUCUAUUGCAUGGAUAAAUAAAUGAACAAAAUAUAGUUAGACAUCUGUUUUUACUUUAAAAAAAAAAAAAACCCUAAAGCUACCCCUGUAACAAACGGAGUUUGCAAUCCAGACGAUCUCGAAGUCUUCUCUCUCUCCUCUCAAUGGCCCUGUUAAAACCAGUUCUCGUCAUCUUCCAGUAAUUGUUGUUUUCCCAAGAAAAAACAUAUCUAACUUAAUUUUUUUUUUUUAAACACAAUACAAUUAAGACCACUUUUUUGUUCAGAUUUAGUUUCUGUCCUCCGUAACAGAUUUUAUUUUGUACUGGAUCUGCCUUAUUGCUGUCAUGAUGCAUGUUUUGUUUGUGUUAUUUUGUCUCCGCCCACACCCAAAUCCUUGCUACACAAAACAUUAAAUGGUCUUAUAAUCCUGUAGUUGUGCCUGCAAAGCCACAAAUCAUCUAAUGUUUGUCUAACCGCUAGAAAUGUCUGUGCACGCAUUGACAUAGACAUUGCUAUAAUCACGCUAUGCUUUUACAACAGGCCAAAACUAACUUUAGCACACCUCUCCUCUAGCUCUUAAAGAACAUUACUGGCUGUCAUCUGCUGUAAAGACCUUGGUAUAUAUUUAUCCUAGCUCUAACUUAGAUUAAUAUUAUUCAGUUAUAAUUUGCCUUCUCAUGCAUUCCCACCUCUCUCACCAAAAAAAAAUAAAUCCUAGCCAAGUCUGUAUUGUAAUUGCCAGCUAACUAAUCCAUUUAAGUGUUGGUACUCUGUAUUUCACCCCCUCUUCCACUAGACUACAUUAGUGGGAUCAUUUUAGAAAAUGUUUUGUUUAUUUAUAAUAAAAAGCACACACUGCUCUAUUCUCUGUGUUCCCUGUUAGAUUUUCGGAGAGACCCCCAACUGCAGAGGUGACAUUACAUUGUGAAAAUUCUUUUUUUUUUUAUUUAAAUAAGAAUAGCUUGAAAGCUACCCCCCUCCAUUCAUAGUUAAAUCUGUGUUGUACUUUACUGAAACUAAUUUAAACUGUACCUGGAACUGUGCUAAAAUUACAAAAAGCACUUCCCUUUUGUAAUUUUGGAUACUAGAAGAAUGUUUAAGUGGUGUAAACAUGUCAGUUUUUUGAUGGGUGACAUGUGGGUGCCCAUCCACAUCUUUUCCAGAAGCUUAUUAAGUGAAUUUAACUCAUUAAGUUGCAAUAUAAACUGUUAUAUUGUUAGCAUUCCAUAUAAUGGAUGUCUACAUAAACUAAUGUACGCCUCGCCUGUGCUGUUCUGUCCCUCUCCCUCUGUCUUUAAUCUAAAACAGGAUACGUUUCCUUAUUUCAAUUUAAGACAGACUAACCACUAAUUUCUGAUUCCAACACUAAAUGCUGAACUUAACGUUCUUCUCCUGUAGAAUUAUUUAAUAAAAACAGAUUUUUAGGAUUAUUUAUGAAAUAUAGCCUGUAAUUCUUGAUGACUGUUUCCAGCAGCAAAAUCACCAUGGGUUUAAGUUGCAUGAUUCUUUCACUACAGAAAUGUUAGUUACAGGGUAUAGUUCCACCAUGGCGUCCGUGUGGGUUUCUUGCGGAUGCCCCGAACAUUCCUGACUAGUCCACUCCAUUCUCAUACAAACCUGUACAUAUGGAGGCAAGCUGAGCACUGGGAAAACGUUUGCAAUAGCUGGCGUUCCAGGAGUUCAGUUCUGCUGGUCUCUAUCAUUGGUAAGCAAAAUGCAACUAUCUAGGCACUGAUGAAAGCCGAUGUCCAUGAUUCUCUGUCAGAGGAUGAUGGGAAUUAUAGUGAAUGCAGGAGAACUGCAUUUUGCUUGGAGCCGAAUAUAUUAAACCCUGUUAAGAGCACAGGCUGAGUGAGACAACACAGACCAGGGCCCUGUUAGCUUUCCUCGUGAUGAUGCAAUGUCAGCUUGUUUGCGGUUAUUACAGAAAUGUCAGUUUCUAUGUAAGAAUAAACAAAUUGGGAUCAGUCA